CUAUGAUUCAGUUAUGGCCGAACAAGGAAAGGGAAGAACAGUUCGCCGGUGAUGAAACGUUCGAGUUCGCCUGGUUCCCAUGGUGAUGGGAGUCCAUUAGAAAGUCCUCGGGUACCAGUCCACCCCCAUGCCCACUUCCCCUUCAACUCUGUGCGUCAGGCUGAUGGUAGAAGGUGGUCAUUGGCAUCUUUACCAUCAUCGGGAUAUGGUACGAACACACCCAGUUCAGCUGUAUCGUCGUCCUGUUCAAGCCAAGAGCGUCUUCACCAGCUACCCUACCAACCCACCCCUGAGGAUCUCCAGCUUCUCUCGCAGCACUUCAGCAGCAGCGAGAGCAACGUAGGAGGCGAUCAAGAUGAUGGAAGAAGAUCACCUUCAUUUAGACCUCGAUCUAGAAGUCUUAGUGGAGCAAGCAGUCCCUUGGUUGGUAACACAGAUCAUGAGAUGCUUCAUAUGAAUAGCCUUUACAAGGAGAGAUUUCCCAAGGCUAAACAACAGAUGGAAGCCAAGCUCACUGAUUUUAUCAACAAGUAUUCAAUGGAUAUGAGCCAGGAGGGGCACGAUGCAAUCUAUGCUUUCUUGGUCCAUCAAACUGUAGAACUAGCCCGGGACUGCUUGGAGAAAUCACAAGAGGACCAGGUCUCCCAUAUCUACUUCACUGAGGUCUCACACAAGCUUCAAAUGCUAGCAGAAGAUGCUGAGAAUAGAUCCCAAGCCUCUGCCAAGUCAUUUACGAGGGUAGUACGAGAGCUCCUGAUCGUACUAGCUAGACCCGCUAGGCUUCUUGAAUGCCUGGAAUUUGAUCCUGAGGAAUUUUUCCAGCUGUUGGAAUCGUUUGAGGACCAGGCUAAGGUUGGAUCCACCAUUUCUGAAGACCUUCCAAAGUACAUCAUCCACCAGCUAGGCCUUAACAAAGAUCCCUUGGCAUAUUUUGAUCACUUUCCAGAUGUAGGUGACCUGUGUGGGGAUUCCCCUUCCCCGCCCCGCCAGGAUUCAGGGGAGGAUGAGAAGGGAAAUGUGGACAGACGAGACUGCUUUAAAGAACCAAAGGAAGAAGAUUUUGAGAACAUCAAAAUCAUCAGCAAUGGAGCAUAUGGUGCUGUUUAUUUGGUGCGUCACAAGGAAUCCCAACAGAGGUUUGCUAUGAAGAAGAUUUGCAAGCAGAACAUCGCCCUUCGUAACCAACGGGAGCAGGUCUUCGCUGAAAGGGACAUCCUCACGUUCGCUGAAAACCCUUUUGUUGUUGCUCUCUACUGUAGCUUUGAAACAAAGAAAUAUUUAUGUAUGGUGAUGGAGUAUGUAGAAGGAGGGGACGUAGCUACAUUGAUCAAACACAUAGGGCCACUCCCUCUAGAAUUAGCCAGAUUAUAUUUUGCUGAAGCAGUACUAGCCAUUGAGUAUCUACACAGUUAUGGAAUAGUUCAUAGGGACAUCAAACCUGACAAUAUGUUAAUAACAUCAACAGGACACAUCAAGCUGACUGAUUUUGGCCUGUCGAAGAUUGGAAUCAUGAGCUUAACUACAAACUUGUAUGAAGGCAACAUUGACCGAGACACCAAACAGUUCCAGGACCAGCAGGUGUGCGGGACACCCCAGUACAUCGCCCCUGAGGUGAUCCUCAGGCAGGGGUACGGGAAACCGGUGGACUGGUGGUCCAUGGGCGUGGUCCUCUAUGAGUUUCUGGUAGGAUGCCCCCCUUUCUUUGGGGAGACUCCGGAAGAACUCUUUGCACAGACAAUUCAUGUCAUGAUCGAAUGGCCUGAUGGAGAUGAUGCGCUCUCCGAGGAGGCCAUGGACCUGAUCAACAGCUUCCUACAGCAAGACCCCCUCUUCAGGUUCGGCACCGGGGGCGCCGAAGACGUCAAGGCACACAAAUUCUUUCAAGGGGUAGACUGGAACGGUCUGCUCAGACAGAAGGCUGAUUUUAUCCCACAGCUGGAAGGGGAAGAAGACACCAGCUACUUUGAUGCACGCUCUGAAAGGUACAACCAUGACUUAGACUCGGAUGAUGAUGAGGAUAUCCCUGAAAUUGGCAACUUCUCCACAUACUCUCCGCGGUUCAGUCGAUCAUGCAGCAGCGUAUCACAGUCUUCAGACGAUAUGGAAAGGAGGGAGCGGUCUCACAGUGCUUCACUACCCCUUAGUGAUCUAUCCCAUCAUUCCUUGCCUGCUCGGAACUCGCCGCAGCUCCUCACAGUAGAUGUCGACAGGGGAAAUAGUCUCCCCCUCCCAGACAGGACCGCAUCUGCCAGUGCUAAGACGGGCGAGCAUUCCGAUGCUUCCUCCUCCUCUCCCUGCACCCCGCCUCACGACUCCUCCCCACGCUCUCGUCGUCGUACCGGCAUCUCCCACAAGCCGCCCCUCCGGGAGGUUCUCCCGCGGUUCUCCAUCUCUUUCGACGAGGACAGCCCGUUGGCGUCGUCCCUGGAGUCUCAGGGGUCAUUAGGGUCAUCCGGGUUCCUGGGUGCAGGAGACGGGAAGAACAUAGGGUCCAGUGAGAGACAGAGUAGACCGGUAGUCAAGUCAGCAUCGUCUAGUAUGCUGUCUCUAAUUAUACCAUCAGACGAGCUCCAUGUGCCGUCUCCCAUCAAUUCUCCCGGUGGAGAAUCGAGCAGCUCCAGAGAUGAUUCCCCCUCCAGGGAUCCAUCCAUGAUGAGUAACGUGAAGUCACCCAUCAUCAUCAGGAAACCACCCAGGAGGAAGACCAUGGGGUUCCAUAUGCAAGCUAUCAAGGUCUACCUAGGGGAGUCUAACAUAUACACACUGCAUCACCUGGUCAGGCAUGUUGAGGAAGGAAGUCCUGCGUACGAAGCUGGUUUACGACCAGGGGACCUUGUCACUCACAUCAACAAUUCUCCCGUUGAGGGCCUGAUACACCGAGAGAUAGUUGAACUGAUCAUGAGCAGCGACACACAGGUUGUAAUCCAUGCCGUACCCAUGGAUAAGACCACCAUUCAAACUUGCGGACGAAGGAAUUCAACGUCCAGUAAGAUGGCCCGGAGGAAGAAACCCAAGCGUAAACGGGAUUCCGUGGAGCGAAGACGGCGAAGUGCAGUAUUCAGGAGGUCCAGUUUGAAACGGGCGUCUACCGAUGGAAGCAGAGCUAGUCUAGCAGCAUUAGGAAGGCAAGGAGGGUCGGAAACCUCGCCAAGGUCGCCAACGUCACGAUCGCCGCGUUCCCCGCCCAUGUUCCAUGUACCCAACGAACAUUCAAGCAGUACGCCAUUAACAUCGUCACCUAACAGUUCUCCGUCGUCAAGCUGCCCGAACUCGCCUGCAGGACACUACACAUCAUCCAGACCAAGCACGUUGCAAGGUCUUGCUCACAAACUCCCCUUUUCGUUUAGACCUGGUGGGAAUCGUAGGAAGUCGGUCGGUCACAUCCCACUGUCCCCACUAGCUAGGACCCCGAACCAGUCCCCAGCCCCAAAAUCUCCUGUUCGUAGCCCCAGCCCCUUGGCUGUGGUGACUAGUCUUGGGCACUCUCCAGGGAGUUCCAACACCACCCAGUCCUACCCUGCACACAUGCUGAGCAGCCCAACGCUCGCAGCGCCCAUGAAAGUAAAGACAAAGAAGUACAUGCGAUCUCGGAACCUUGAGACCCCACCGUCGCCUCUCUUAAGAAGGGCGCUCUCCCCAGACCAUGAGAAGGUACCCUUGGACAUGUUUGAUGUUCAGCUUAGACCUAGAGCAGACUCCGCUUGCGAUGCCCUCUCAAGAGAAGAGCGAAGCCUCAAGAGAUUAGGAAUCGUCAGCAAAGAAAGGGUCGCUGAGAGAAAAUCCACAGGGUCGACUUAAGAUUUAUCUUAAAUCAUGUGUAUAGAAAUGCAAAGUAUUCAAUCUGCUAUAUAUGUAUAUUUGACAAAUUUCUGAUUUGACUGUAUUUGAUAUCGGGGCAUUUGAUUUAAAGGCCCUCGAGCACUUGUCAUGCCGUGUCGUACAAGCCACUUUCAAGAUCGAACCAUAGAUGGUUUAAUGUGAAAUCAUGACAAGACUUAUUUUUUGCUGAACAGAUAUACAACAGAGAAAAGCAUUGCAAUUGUACACCAGAUAAUUGAUUAGAAAGUACUUAUGAGUCAUCAUUGGUUCUUUAUUCUUUGCUAUUGUGCCUGUAUGCUUUGCCAAAGAUCCUGAAAUAAGAGAUAGGUGAUUGUGCAGAUAUAACCCGAGUAAUAGCUGGAGUGACUUCAUCUUGAAAUCUUUUAGAAUCAUUGCUUUGGUCUCAUACCCUAGACUACCAUUUUUAGCAUAUGAUACGUGUGCACUGAACAUUUAAGUGUGCAGAAAAUAAAACAUGGCAGUCCGGUGAUUAUUUGAUAGUUAAAAUUAGGAGAUGGUUAUUUAUGUUCAGUAAGUUGGUUUAAUAAUUAACCUUAAACCAUAGUAUGAUAAAAUUAUCAACAUGCACUACCGGUACUUUUAUCACCUUAACUUCCAAAAUGAGCAUCAAAAGGGAUUGAUUCUUCAAGGUUCAAGGAUGCAUUAUAGGCAAAUUAGAGACAGCCAUUUUCUAUCCAAGUUUGUGAUUUGAAAUUAGGAUGGCUACAUAAAUUCAAAGUUAUGUUUGUAAUAUAAGAGUUCAUUACAUUGUAUUUUCUUUUAUGAAGAUUCUUUUUUUUGGAACAAAUGCCAAAAAUGCAUCAAAAACAAAGAAAUCACAAUUAAGGUGUUAAAACUGCUGUUACCAAAUGUGUAUCCUUAGAAUGAACUGCAGGUUAAUUUCAUUUUUUUUUAUCAACAUAUGUCUCAUCUUAAAAAGUAACAUUGGGGCAAAAUUAAUGGGUUCAACAUUUUCCUCAAUUGAAAUUUAAUUUUAGAAUGAAAGAUACUAGAAAUCUGGUCAUGAAAAAUAUGGUAUUCUUAAUUUUCAGCAUUAUUGAAGUUAAUUCCCACUAAACACUGUUUUAUCUCUUCAAAUGAACCUUUGAUGAAAUAAUAUAUUCGUGUUUGAUAACAGUAUUAUUGCAUUAACAAAAUUACUUGGCAUUUGAAUGAAUGGUUCUUAUGAACGAAAGGUUUUGUCUUGCAUUUGAUGAUGUAUCAAACGUAGUGGUGCAUAAUGCAAGGAAUAAUGUUGCGUUAUGAGUAAGCUAGAGAAUUAUUCUUGCAAGAGUGGAUAAAUUGUAUAUGAUUGUACAGAGGAUCAUUUAUUUCUUGACAAUUUUUUUUCAUGCCAAACAUUGGUUUCUUGUUCAACAAACACUCCGUAAUCUCCUCAUGUGCAGUGGUUUGAUAAAACUAUAUUCUUGUUUCAAUGACAAUUAUACUGUCAUAAUGAUGGGAUUUAAUGGGUAAACUUCAAAGCCUAAAAAUGGUGAUCCACUUUUUGUCACAUAAAAUCUGUGGUUUAAACUGGGAUAAGGUGUUCUAAGAAAUAUUAUUGAUAUUAUCUUUAACAGUGUAAUUGGACCAUUAGCUCCAGCCAUACAAUCAAUUUAUUUGACAAUUUCUACAUCUUAUGAGCGAUGGAAUAAUUCUCCAGUGCUAAUAGUGACCAUCCACAGUAGGAAUGGGAAAAAUUAUUUCAUUCAGAUGUUAACUGCCAUUUGAAGAUAUGAAUUAUUUUCUUCUUUUCUUCAUGAUUCUUCAGUGAAACAUGGCUCUCUAAUUGCAGGGAAUGUUGAAGUGAAAUUAAAUUGCUGUUUGAAGAAAAAAUUCCUUGCUUUUCAUUGGUUUGGAAAUAAAAUUUAAAAAUGUAUAUUUUUGCAUUCAUUGACCGAAUGAUAAAUAUAAUAAAUCUCUGUUCUAUUUUACCCUUUAAUUGACAGAUUUUGGGACAAAAAAUAACUUGAGUAAUUUCCUUUGUUGUAUAGCCAGAUAAAUAUGUUUUGUCUUUCAAUGUGUCUUCUAUGGACAACCAAGGCACAGUGUUUUAGCUUGCUUUGUUGCCAUGGAAAUAAUUAUGUACAAAAACUACAAAUACAUUCCUGAGGUAUGUUAAGCAGAGCUGGUAGAUCUUAUUAGAGGGAGGUAACUUGAUAAAACACAUGAAUCUUAGAGCCGAUGCUUGUAUCGUCAGAUUACAUUGUGGAAAAGGUCUUCAAGAAUUCUUCCUUUUAUAUAGGAAUGGCUCUGAUCACAUAUCAAACUCAUGUGUUGCGGGGAAACUAUAUUCGCCUCACUAUGGCUGUGGAUGUGACAUUUUUUAUUUCUUUACAGAAUAGAGUCCUAGAUUGUAAAGUUUGUCCUUUCCAUUUAUAAAGCCAGCAUGGAGACUAUAUAUUCUGGGGGGUGUUUCACAAAGAUUUAAGUAUGACUUAGAGUCGCACUUAAGUGCCUAGUUGCGCGAGGUAUAAAAUGCUUGACCGCAUUGGUCAGAUCAUGCAAAGGGGACUCGCACUACUGCGUAUUGAUCAAUAAGAUUGCACGUUGCAUUUCAGAUACGUGUUGGCAUUUAAGUAUGACCUAAGUCAUACUUAAAUCUUUGUGAAACACCCCCCAGAUGACAUAUUGCAUUGUCCCUAUCAUGUACAGUUGAUGAUGAUGAUGAUUCAUGGUAAGUCUACUUAUAGACUCAUGUCACUAAAAAUAGAUCCCCAUAGCCAUAAGAGUUAUCUCCCUCUAACUAUAAACUCUUGACCUUAAUACACAGCUCUUUGAUUUAUGUGUAAGAACAAAUUUAUUAUUAAUUACAGCUGAUGCCUCCUGCUGUUCCACCUAUUAGAUUUGGUGUUGUAUCUCAAAGUGCACUCUGUAAAUAAUACUGUGCUUGAAAUCGUGCACACACGUACAUGUAAAAUCUCUAUCAGAAUUUAUUCUAUCUUGGAAAGAUUGAUUUUUAACAUUUGUACUAUUUCUUCUAUCAAAGCUUUUCUAUCAAAUUCUAAAUAUAUUCCUAUAUAGAAGUGUCUUGAAAUGGUGUCAGAGUUUAUUCAUAUGAGCAUAUUGGAUUAUUGUGGUAGUUGUAGGCGUGAUAGGUAGCUUCAAGGUAGCGUCACGAGGGGGUACAGAACUAAAGGGAUGUAGUGGGCGGAGGAGGGGUGGAUUUGUUUUUUUUCCUUGAACAAAGUAUUGAUAUAUCAACAAAGAGAUGUUUUAUAUCAGGCCUUUUUUGCUGUUCAGGACCAAUGACCACUCAAAUCAAAGCAAGAAUAAUGAGCAUUUACUCGUUGCCAAGGAGAUCAAAAGAUUUGCUCACAAACAAGAUUUUUUUUUCCACAAACUGUUAAAGACAUAAUGAAUCUAGGGAUGUCAUGAAAUAGCUUUGUAUAUUGUAGGCCCUAUUAUCAUCAGAAUAGAUAAUCUUGGAGUGCAUUGGAACAUACAAAAGCUUACCAUGACAAACUUAUGUUUCUCUUCUUAAGAAAAUCCCUAUGAUACUGAAAUUUGGGGUGCUAUUUUAUGAAAGUGGUCAGUUCUGUUAAUUUCAUUGCUUGGAUUGGCUGAGCACUGGUUUAUCUUUGUUACUAUGGCAACGUAGCAUCAAAUUAUCAGUGCUGAAGAGCUUCAUGAAACGGUACAUAGCUAUUUCAUUCAUGAUAACUAUUCUUUCCAUUUAAUUCAUCCUAUAUUAAUGCUAGUAGGAUAUACACUUGAAGUUUUUUUUUUCUUUUUGCUUUUGAACUUCAGAAAGGGGGGGGGGGCUGAUAAAUUGUUAACAUCCCUAUCAAUCUUCAAGAGCUACCUGUAGGAAUUAAUCUACAUUCAUUGUGUAAAUACAUGAUUUACUGCAAGAUUGAUAGUGUGCUUUUAGUGAUGUGUUUGUGUGUGUUUAGCAAGUAUAUAAUACUCUGCACAUUUUGCAAUGCCACCCGGUCUUGCUGUGUAAAAUAAAUGCAUAUAUAUUUUUUCAUACUUGCUAGAAUUCCCAUGGUAGAAAUUUGAUGAGUAGUGGAGUAUUUGAGGAAUGAGUUGAACUUUUCUUCCUUUUUCCAAGGUUUCUAUUACACAAGUGUUUUCGGUUGAUCUUUGAUUGGCACUGGCCAAUCGAGAUCAUUCUUGCUAGAGCAUUUUAUUCAAAACGUGUCUGGGAGCCAAUCAGAAUUCUUUCAUAUUUGCAAUUCAUGAGAAUAUUUUUUUAAUACAAAAACAUGGUGUAAUUCAUUUUAAGAAUUUGACUCUGUAGGUUAAUGUUAAGCAUCUAUUCUCAUCAC